CGGCAGCGGUGCGAGCAGCGGCGGCCCCGCUCCACCUGCCCGUGCCGGAGGCUGGCGCUGCGAGCGCGCAGCGGCGUUUGGUGCCCGCGCCCCGGAGCCCCCGCGCCGCGGCCGUGCGGCGCCGCGUCCCGCUCGCCCAUGAGCGCCGCCGCUCUCUACAGCCUGGACUCCCCGGCAUGCUAUAAGAGCUGGUGCCUGGAGCCCGCCAACUUCUACGACGCCAAGGUGGGCAGCGGCGGCGGGCCGGGUCCCGCCUGCAAGCCGGGGGCCCGCGGCGGCUGCGGGAUGAGCGGCGAGGAGGCGGGCGGCGGCCUGGGGGGCAGCGGCACCAACCUGGCGGAGCUGAGCGCCGCCGCCCCGGCCAUGUACGAGGACGAGAGCGCCAUCGACUUCAGCUCCUACAUUGACUCCAUGUCUGCCGUGCCCAACCUGGAGCUCUGCAACGACGAGCUCUUCGCCGACCUCUUCAACAGCAACCACAAGCCCGAGCGGGGCGGGGAAUACGGCGAGUACUUGCCACCGGGCGGCGGCGCCGGCCGCGACCCCGCCAAGGACCUCGGCGCUGCCAUGACCACCCUGCUGGGCUCCGAGCCCCGCACCGCCUCCUCCUCCUCCUCCUCCUCCUCUUCCUCCUCCUCCUUCUCCUCCCGCGGCGCUCUGAAGCAGGAGCCGGACUGGAGCGACAGCGACCUCUCCGCCUCGCUGCUGCCCUCGCAAAUCGCCACCUGUGCCCAGACCAUCAUGAACCUGAGCGGGCAGCCCACGCCGCCCACGUCCCCCGAGCCGGCGGGCAGCAGCUCCCCGUCCAGCUGCAGCACCCGCUCGCCGGGCCCCGCCGCCGCCGCCGCGCCCGGGCCGGCGCAGGGCGUCCCGCCGCCCGCCGGGGGCAAGGAGCGGGGCGGCAAGAAGUGCGUGGACAGGUUUAGCCCCGAGUACCGGCAGCGCCGGGAGCGCAACAACAUCGCCGUGCGCAAGAGCCGCGACAAGGCGAAGCGGCGCAACCAGGAGAUGCAGCAGAAGCUGCUGGAGCUUUCGGCCGAGAACGAGAAGCUGCACAAGAAGAUCGAGCAGCUCACCCGGGACUUGACCAGCCUCCGGCACUUCUUCAAGCAGCUGCCCAGCGCCUCCUUCCUGCAGCCCGGCUCGGGCACCGACUGCCGGUAACCGGGGGGGAGCGGGACGGAGAGUCGGACUCCGGGAGACGGUGGAUAAAUACCUCAGAGGGCCGUGCCGAGCCUCGCCGGGCCGUGCCGCGGCGCCCCGGGCCGGGCCGGGCGCGGCAGGAGGCGCGGAGCCGCGGCGGGACCUGCGGGCCCGCGGCCGCGCUCGGAAUGCGGCAGGGACGUGGAGCGAUGCCUGGGUCUUUCACCACGAAACUUGCGAAAAAGGGAAAAAAAGCUAAAUAUAUUAUUUUUUUUUCUUCUCUCCCCUUAAAUUAUUUUUGUAAUGGUAGUUUUCGUCUUUUCUACAUUUUAGUCAUACCGAUGCAGCUAUGGUACAUCUGUUAAAAUGAUUCAAAAUCCCAUGUAUUUUAGACAGUAGGAUGGAAAAAAAAAAAAGGAAAAAAAAAAGACUGAGCAUGCUCAACCUUUUAUAUCAAUUUUUACAGCAUUUCUAAGAAUAAAGAAAAGCAUUUUAAAUCAA